AUGGCCCAACUGCAUUACUCUGUCUCUCUGAGCGUCUACUCGCCGGUCGAAACCGAGCGGCGGUCGACGUUUCCUCUCAGAGAUCCAAUCGAGGAAGAGAAUGAGGAUGACAUUGACGAAAGCUCAGAGCUUUUUGGCUCGGACUUUAACGACACGGAGUCCCAGACAAGUGCUUCUCCUUCACGUGUGAGGCAAGAAUCAGCCAUUUUACCCGAGACCUCUAGCCAGACGUUGAAGUCGUACUACACAGCCAUCAACGGUAGCGAGCCCAGUUUCUCGUCUAUCAACAACUCGUUGUUGCGGCAAGAAUCCAAUGAACAAGGAGUUAGUGAAAUGCCAGGCUCCUUCGAUCCUGAUGAGACGCCUAGGCUCAACACCGAGAUGCAUGGCCAGAACGAUGCUAUAUUCGACCAAACUCCUGUUCUUAAUGCUAAUGGGUUCAAUGAUGAAAUACACCCGACUUCUGAACAAGCUGCCCCAGCCACCUCCAAAGUUGCUCAACUGCAAGUACCACACAAAUUUAAAAGACUAUCGGUAACAUUACUCCAAACAGGCACUAACGUAUCAAGAGAAUCGCAUUUAUUCCAUGAAAAUUUUAGCUCCAAGGCUCAAAAAGCGCUGAGUGAGAACCAAGGACGCACGAGCAGGACUAGUUUGCUUUAUAAAAGACUUCACGAGAAGCAUGGUCUAGUCGAUCCAACGUCUGCUGCUGCAAAUGAUGAGGACACCUCAAUAUUGAGCACAUCCUCGAACUUGUCCAGUGCUCCAAUGAAAAAUGAUACCCUGUAUGAUCACAACGUUUUACAAGACGAGGUUCCUCCAAGAGGUGAUUUGCCUCCCGGGACUCAAUUUACGAAACCAGCUAGUGGUCUUAACAUACUAUACGAUGAAAGUUCAGCAAACAGCUCGAGGCAUGACGUUUCUUCUGAAAAGAUGGACCGCUCGAGAUGGUCGACUGCCUCCAGUACAACUGAGGAUGAGGAUAUGUCGUCGCUCUUCAUCCGGGCAUUGCAUUCAUUCGAUGCAACAGAAUCACAGCUUGAGUCAGAAAACUCAGUCUGUUUGUCUUUCGAGAAGAACGAUAUCGCAUUUGUCCACACAAUUGAUGACUCUGGUUGGGGAGAAGUUAUUUUGAUCGAGACCUUAGAAAGAGGUUGGGUUCCCAUGAACUAUUUCGCCAUGGCAAUUACUACCGAUGGAGCCAAUCAAACCGAAUUUAUCAACUCGGACGAGGCUAAAUUCUCGCACUUUAUGUUUCCUUUGCUCAAUGCUUGUGGACACUUCCUCUCAAAUCCACUUUCUCGUGACGGUCCACACGGAAAGACGUUUUCUAAUAAACACUUGAAUGACAUCAAAGACGGUGUUCGUUGCUUGCUUGACGAGACAGACUGUCUUUCAAGAUCCAGUGAGAUAAUCGUUAAAAAGCCGGUGGUACGUAAGGCAAGAAAGGCCUUCAUGUAUGACUGGUGGGAACUUAUGAAAAAAGCUGCUGAGUAUAAGGGCACAACGAACUUUGAGAAGGUCGAGAUAUUGACUCUUUUUGUACUCCUGGUCAUAAGGAGGGGUGUCUACUUCUUUGACGUCUGGCUUACAGAAAGUAAAGACAUCAUUGAGAAAGAAGCUGAAAAGAGACUAAAGAGUGAUUUGAAUACAUAUCCCCUCCUACCUACACCUCCAUUGGCCAAACAAAGGGUUACAGAGAUUAAGGGUAUUCUUUACUCAUACUUGUCACUUAUAAUGGGACGUUUAGAUUUAAUAGAGCAUAAUCCACAGGGAUGUGUUUUGCUCGAGAAGAUAUCAUGCCAUAUUCUCUUACUCUUGAGUGAACUUCUUUUCAUCUCAAAGACAGGCAUGAAUUAUACUUCUAGCAAGUCCACUGACCUUGAUGCUUCAAUGGAUGCGUUCAUGUCAUUUGGAGAUCAGUUGGUCACUUGUGUGAAAGUGCUUAUCAACAAAACAGUCGGUGAGGAUCAAACGUCACGAACAUUCAACAGCGAUAAUACCUCGCAUAACCAGGACUACGUCUUCACUGAGGAGGGUCUUAAGUUGAGACAGGUCGCAGCCAAGACUAUCAAAGCCAUCAAUAUAAGCGUUCGUUCCAUAAACGAGCUCUUCGAUCAGAUUGGUGAUUUCAAAUUGAGUUCCGAGAGAUCAUAUCCUGAUUACCUCAAAAUGAGAAUAGAUCCAGUUGAUUUUAUUCGUGAAUGCUCCGUUGGCAUGGUUCAAUCACACUCAUUGAAGAAUAAGGAUCUUCGUGUUAUGAAGAAAAAGAAUGGAAGAUCUACAAAUCGGUACUCCAUGAUACGUUCAGGAAAACCCGGCGGGCUUGGUAUGACUCCUACGGGAGUCGAUUUGCUACACAAGGUAAUGCUUGUCGAAACUGAUGAUACUCCAUUCGACGCUACCACAGCUGAGUUUCAACCUUUCAUUGCUUCUGGGUCAACAGAAAGCCGUUCUUUUUCGAUAAAGGACGAGCUUCUUGUGGAUGCUAAUGGUACCUUGUUGGGCGCCUCUUUCAAGGGGUUGAUUUACACUCUCACGAACGAGGAUUUGCCACCUCAGUACUUCUUCAUCUCCGGAUUUUUCAUCUGUUUGAGGAGUUUUGCCAGCGGAAUGGACUUGCUUGAAGGCCUCAUCUCAAGAUUUGAGGAGACGGAGGGAACAAAUUUCGAAAAGAGCAACGAUGCCUUAUUGGAAGUUCGUCUCAAGAAGAGACGGCGCUUGAUUAUCGCAAUAUUCAGAAUCUGGAUGGAAUCAUACUGGGAUCAUGACACAGAUACUCCCUUGUUGUGCACCCUCAUUAAUUUUUUCAACGAGGGUAUCUAUCCUCACUUGCCUCUCGAUGCUAUGCGUCUAAUCGAGCUAGCUGCCAGGCUUUCUAUUAGGGAUGUAAAAGGCAAGGAAAGGAAGCAGAUUCACGAAAGACACAUCACACUUAAGAAACUUAACCGGAAGGACUCAAUUGGUGACAUUAGGGAUCUAGAUGAUCUGUCCCGCAACUCUGGAAUCGAUGGACAUGAGCUUUCAAGGAUAAGUUCUAACAGCUCUAUUGCAAGCUCUUUAAAAUCCAUGACGAUGGGUCUUUCAUUAUCAGGGCUGGCUCCAACUUCAGGCACUUUGCUCACUAAAGCGCAGCAGGCUACUGUCGAGAGCACCGUGCUCAAGUUCCGUCAAGUACUUGGAGAGGCGUGGUGCCCACGCCAAUUUCUUGAGAUGCGAAGCUAUGGUGUGGUACCUCUAAAGAUGCUUUUACCAACCUGGUUCAAAUUAUGUGAGGAAAAAUGGGAGCUUGAUCAAUAUAGACCAAACUUGUUGGACUUUCAGGUUUUGGAGUUAUCGAACCAAUUGACUCUAAUUGAGUCAGAAAUAUUCUGCUCGAUUAGAUCUAGUGAAUUGCUCAAUGAGAAUUAUACUGCAAAGAAAGCACAUCUCAAGCUAGCAAAUAAUGUCAGACAAUCAUUAUUGUUCACAAAUUGUUUGUCGGGAUACGUACUCGAGUCUAUCUUGCAGCCUGGUCUCACCGACAAGCAGAGAGUUAACCAAGUGAAGCAAUGGCUCAAAGUCAGCUUCAGCUGCUACGAGAUGCGCAAUUUCAACUCCAUGGUGGCCAUCAUCACCUCGUUACAAUCACAUUUGAUAACAAGAAUAAAGAGAAUUUGGGAAGAUCUCAGUCCGAAAUACACUCACUUAUACGAAUACCUUUGCACAGUGGCACAUCCACAGAACAACUUCAAUGUCUAUCGUGAAAAGCUCAGAGUCUUCUUGGAGAACAAUGAAUACAAUUAUCCAGUCGUUCCCUACUUUUCAUUAUUCCUUCAAGAUUUGACCUUUGUUACCGAUGGGAAUCCUAAUUACCGCAAAGCCAAUACUUUCUUGAACCAAAAACUCAUCAAUAUUGAUAAGCAUCUCAAGCUUACAAGAGUGAUCGCCGAUAUUGAAACCUUGCAAGUUCGCUACGUUGAGGAGGAUGGCAUGAAAAGGAGAUCUCGGUUCUCUCUCAAUCUUGGCAAAAACACCACUGCUGAUUUGAAGAUAGUCAGUAAUCCAGCUUUGCAGGAGUUGGUUUUGCUCGAGUUCUUUAAGAUUGCUCAGCUCAACAAGAGUGAGGAAGAUAGAGCUUGGAAGUUAAGUUGUGCCUUGCAGCCCAGAGAUACCCCACGCAUGUCCUAA